AUGGCGAGCGCAGGUCCAGCUACCUCUACUUCUGCAGAGAAUUCAAGCCCUGGAGGAGCCAGUGGAAGCAGUAAUGGAGAGGGAAGCAGCCAGGACAGCACAUUCGAAUGUAACAUCUGCCUAGAUACAGCCAAGGAUGCAGUGAUAAGCUUGUGUGGCCAUCUCUUCUGCUGGCCAUGCUUACAUCAGUGGUUAGAAACUCGGCCUAAUCGUCAGGUGUGUCCUGUGUGUAAAGCUGGAAUCAGCCGUGAUAAAGUAAUACCUUUGUAUGGACGAGGAAGUACGGGGCAAGAAGACCCUCGGGAGAAAACGCCUCCACGACCUCAAGGGCAGAGACCAGAGCCAGAGAACAGAGGGGGUUUUCAAGGCUUUGGAUUUGGAGAUGGUGGAUUCCAGAUGUCAUUUGGAAUAGGAGCAUUCCCCUUUGGAAUGUUUGCCACAGCGUUUAACAUCAACGAUGGUCGUCCCCCCACCACAGUCCCUGGAACACCGCAGUACGUUGAUGAGCAAUUCCUGUCACGGCUUUUCCUUUUUGUUGCCUUGGUCAUAAUGUUUUGGCUUCUGAUCGCUUGA